GCACAAGGAGGAUUGGUGAACUACGACCAGUACACAGCAGAGCUGAAGAGCAUCCUAGGUCACAGUGGCAAAAGAAAGGCUCCUGAGCUCCUUUCUGAUGGACCUUCUUUCAAGCGCCAAGCUACUGUUCACCCACACCUCCUGACACCACCCCAGACACCAACUUCUAUGGAUAAUAUGGAGGAGACUCAUAAAAAUGACCCGAAGCAUGACAGCAGUUCUGAUCUGCUUCAGAACAUCAUAAACAUCAAGAAUGAGUCGAACCCCAUUUCUCUGAACACUGUGCAGGUUAGCUGGUUGCACAGUGUCUCCAGUCACAGAUCGCCCGGUGAGCAGUACCAGGACAGCCCGGGAGCACAGGCUUUCUCCCCAUCCCAAAAGUACCAAGCAUUCCAAGACCAUACCUCCCAGCACAUGCUUGAUCCGCCACAGCAUUACCAGUUUCCUCCGUCCCAGAACCAAGAUUUGUCACAGGGCUAUCCUUCGGACACCUCCCUGGAGUACAGGCCGUUUGCUGCCAGUGACCAGUCUCCUGGCUACCAGCAGAACACCUUUGAGAGCCAUGAACUGCAGUACUGCCCAUCACAGAGCUUCUCCUCCCUUUUGAAUGACUCUGAGGGCUCGGAGGGCAUCUCUGCUCCCCUCCAGCCGCUGACCAGUGCCCACCCGCAGGCUGAGGUCGGCCCCCACCCUCCGAACUUAAGCUUGCUUUCCAGUAACGUCUGUGGUAGUCUGGAGCGCAGCGUCUCUUUGGCUAGUUUGAAUGUCUCUCUGCCUGACCAGAACAUCACCAGAAGCACAACCCAGCUGGGCAAGUCAUUUUUCCAGUGGCAGGUGGAGCAGGAGGAAAACAAACUGGCUAACAUCUCUCAAGACCAGUUCCUUGCAAAAGACUCGGAUGGAGACACCUUCCUUCACAUCGCCGUUGCUCAGGGCCGACGAGCGCUCUCCUACGUUCUUGCAAGGAAGAUGGCUGCCCUGCACAUGCUGGAUAUUAAAGAGCACAAUGGCCAGAGUGCUUUCCAGGUUGCUGUGGCUGCCAAUCAGCACCUCAUUGUGCAGGACUUGGUUAGCUUGGGGGCUCAAGUCAACACCACGGACUGCUGGGGUAGGACGCCGUUGCAUGUUUGUGCUGAGAAGGGGCAUGCCCAGGUCCUCCAGGCAAUCCAAAAGGGAGCCAUGGGAAGCAAUCAGUACGUGGACCUUGAGGCAACAAACUAUGAUGGUUUGACGGCGUUGCACUGUGCUGUUCUGGCCCAUAAUGCUGUGCUGCACGAACUGCAGAACAGCCAGCCGCCUCACUCCCCUGAGGUCCAGGACCUUCUGCUGAGGAACAAGAGCCUGGUGGAAACCAUCAAGACUCUGAUACAUAUGGGAGCCUCUGUUGAAGCGAAAGAUCGCAAAAGUGGUCGCUCAGCUUUACAUUUGGCAGCAGAAGAAGCAAACCUGGAGCUCAUUCGUCUCUUCUUGGAGCUGCCCAACUGCCUCUCUUUUGUUAAUGCAAAGGCUUACAACGGCAACACGGCACUCCACGUGGCUGCCAGCCUGCAGUAUCGGGUGAGCCAGCUGGAUGCUGUGCGCCUGCUAAUGCGGAAGGGAGCGGAUCCGAGUGCCAGGAACUUGGAGAAUGAGCAGCCAGUUCAUCUGGUUCCUGAUGGCCUUGUAGGAGAGCAGAUAAGACGUAUCCUAAAAGGCAAGGUGAUUCAUCAGAGAGUGUCGCCAUUUUAGGCUCCAUGUUUCUUGGAGUUCAGCAACUCACACUCACUGUCAGUCAGGCAGUCCUAAUGUAUCUGUAAAUAGACCAUUUGCCUGGUGUGGGCAAAUGUUAGUUGUUUCUAUGAAACAAAAGUGUUUUGUUCACUAUCAUAUAGUGGGUUAUAUCAGAGUGGGGGGAAAA